GGCGGGGCCAGUGCAGCGUCUACGUCUUCAAAUAGUUUUCUAAUACUCUGAGUCUUACCCAAGUCAGUCGGCUCUGCUCAAACUUAUAUUUCUACUUUAACAAAAUGAAGAUUUUAUUUGUGAUCCUCAUUUUCUGUCAAGUUGUUUCUUCAGUGAAAUACGCCCUGAAAUAUUCCCUUACCGGCACUUCUGGAAUCCCAGAGUUUCCAAAGUUUGUGGCUGCUGCAACAGUAAAUGAAGUUCAGGUGGUUUACUGCGACAGCAGCAUCUACACAGCUGAACCCAAACAGGACUGGAUGAGGAAAUUGUUUAGGGAUGACCCCCAGCACCUCAAGUGGUAUUCUGAAACAUGUCUUCACUAUCAGGAUUUCUUCAGGACCAACAUUGAUGACCUGCGGCGUCGUUUAAAUGAAACUAGAGGUCUGCAAAUCUUACAGAAGAUGGAUGGCUGCUCAUGGGAUGAUGAAACUGGAGAAAUCAAAGGGUUUAAUCAGUACGGCUACGACGGUGAAGACUUCAUAUCUUUGGACCUGCAGACACUGACAUGGACUGCUCAUGUAAAGCAGGCUGAUAUCAUUAAACAGAAAUGGGAUGCUGACAAGGCCAGAUUAGAAAACAAUAAAGAAUAUUACAUCAGCUUGUGUCCUGAGCUGCUAAAGAAGUAUUUGAACUAUGGGAAGAACUCUCUGCAGAGAACAGAGCGUCCCUCGGUGUCCAUCCUCCAGAAGAGUCCCUCUUCUUUAGUCACCUGCCACGCCACAGGUUUCUACCCAGACACAGCUGACUUGUACUGGAGAAAAGAUGGAUAUGGGUUUCAUGAGGGUGUGGACAAAGGAGAAAUCCUCCCCAACCCUGAUGGGACCUUCCAGAUGAGUACUGAGCUUAAUAUUUCAUUAAUUUCACCUGAAGAGUGGAGGAAGUAUGACUGUACGUUUCAGCUGUCUGGUGUAGAAGAUGUCAUUACCAAACUGGAAGAAACGGUGAUCAGGACAAACUAUGUUCCACCUUCAACGUUUCCAGUCGGUCCUGUUGUUGGAGCUGUGGUGGUAUUACUUGUUCUCCUCCUGGUAGUUGCUGUUAUUCUCUUUUUAAAGAAAAGAAAUGUAUCAAUCAUCUGAUUAGUAUUCCACCUUGUAAGACGGUGACACGUUUUUUCUAACAGCAGUCUGUGAAUAUUAAAGUGCUGAACACCAUCCAUGAAUCCUAGCACUCCUGCACUGAGUGUACUGCAACAACCUCUUUACCCCUAACUUCUCUAAGCUCUUUGAGUAUUGUUGAACUACAAAAUGUGAAUAAUGUACAGAACAAAUCAGUAAAGUUAUUAUAAUCUUUUAUAUUGUAAAUAAAAUUGGCUCCACUGAGUCCAGUGUUGUUAUA